GGUCCCCCCCGGCGCAUCCCGAGGCUGCUGGGCCGGAUGCGGGAAUUCAUCGCCCGCCACGCCCGCGACCACGCCCGGACCCUCGACCCCCGGGGACCCCCCCGCGACUUCAUCGACGCCUUCCUCCAGCACAGGGAAAAGGAAAAGUCCAAUCCCCACUCGGAGUUCUCGCAGGAGAACCUGGAGCUGACGACCCUCAACCUCUUCUUCGCCGGCACCGAAACCGUCAGCUCGACCCUGAGGUUCGGGAUCGCCUUCCUCAUGAGGCACCCCCACAUCCAGGGUGAGACCCCAAAAUAGGGACCCCAGACCCAAAAUAGAGACCCCAGACCCCGAAAUAGGGACCCCAGACCCAAAUAGGGACCCCAGACCCCAAAAUAGGGACCCCAGACCCCAAAAUAGGGACCGUGAGCUCGACCCUGAGGUUCGGGUUCGCCUUCCUCAUGAGAUACCCCCACAUCGAGGGGGAGACCCCAGACCCAAAUGGGGACCCCAGACCCCAAAUAGGGACCCCAGACCCAAAAUAGGGACCCCAGACCCCAAAAUAGGGACCCCAGACCCCAAAUAGGGACCCCAGACCCCAAAUAGGGACCCCAGACCCAAAUAGGGACCCCAGACCCCAAAUAGGGACCCCAGACCUCAAAUAGGGACCCCAGACCUCAAAUAGGGACCGUGAGCUCGACCCUGCGCUUCGGGAUCGCCUUCCUCAUGAGGCACCCCCACAUCGAGGGUGAGACCCCAGACCCAAAUGGGGACCCCAGACCCCAAAUAGGGACCCCAGACCCCAAAUAGG